AUUGAGAUCCCAGAAACACCUGCAGUUUGAGUGACUUUUCUACACAGUCCACUGUUUUCGUUGUUCACAGAUCACCAGACACCAUACCCUUGUACCACGAGCCUUUCUCGCUUUGAAUUCGAGACGCACUUCGCUUUUGUCGCUAGCGCUUCUGAACCUUGAACUGUCUGCUCCAGCCCGCCGUUUUCUGCGAUUUACUGCAAAACAGUGCUUGAGGACCGACAAAAGACUCGCCGAUUCGCACAACUGCCUCGCCGGAUUGGCCCUCUACGAUCUUCACCAAUCCUCCCUCACACACUGGGUAAACGGCAUACUCGGUGGCUAAGCCUGCUUGUCCCAACGACCACAAACACUUUCCGCGCUCAUGGCAACGACCGCAUAAGCCCAACUUACUUGCGAUAGCUGCCGUUGUGGCAAUACUGUCCACGUCCUCAAACCAUGGAGAACAUACAUCCUCAAGUAUGGGCAGUCGCCCACACUCUAGUCGCCCGCAAUGAGACCAACUCGACAUCGACAGCAACCACCGAGAGCCGGCCAGGAAGUUACAAAGCAAUCGGUCUCAGUUUGGCUGUCGCCUCUGGUCUGUUCAUUGGUACAUCAUUUGUGCUGAAAAAGACGGGCCUUCUCAAGGCAAACGCGAAAUACAACGAAGAAGCGGGCGAGGGAUAUGGUUAUCUCAAGAACUGGUAUUGGUGGACAGGGAUGACCUUGAUGAUUGUGGGCGAAAUCUGCAACUUUGUCGCCUACGCUUUCGUCGAUGCCAUAUUGGUCACGCCCCUGGGUGCCUUGAGUGUGGUGGUGACGACUAUCCUGUCUGCCAUCUUCCUCAAGGAGCGACUCAGUUUCGUCGGAAAAGUUGGCUGUUUCAAUUGCAUCAUUGGCAGUGUGGUUAUCGUCCUGAAUGCGCCUGAGCAAAGUGCUGUUGCUGACAUUCAAGAGAUGCAACACUUUGUCAUUUCGCCUGGCUUCCUCAGCUACGCUGGGGUCAUCAUUUUGGGCUGUACUUUCGUGGCUCUGUGGGUGGCGCCACGUUACGGUAAAAAGAGCAUGCUGGUCUACCUGAGUAUCUGCAGUAUGAUCGGUGGCCUCAGUGUGGUCGCGACUCAGGGCCUGGGAAGUGCAAUCAUCGCACAAGCGAAUGGAGAACCGCAGUUCAACAAGUGGUUUCUAUACGUCCUUUUGGUCUUUGUCAUUACGACACUGGUGACUGAGAUAGUCUAUCUCAACAAAGCUCUAAACAUCUUCAAUGCCGCCUUAGUCACACCAACCUACUAUGUGUUCUUCACUAGCGCCACCAUUAUCACUUCCGCCAUCCUAUUCCGAGGCUUCAAGGGAACCGUGGCCUCGAUUAUAACGGUGGUCAUGGGCUUUUUCCAGAUUUGUGCCGGAGUCGUGCUCCUGCAAAUGUCAAAGUCGGCCAAGGAUGUUCCAGAUGCAGCAGUUUUCAAAGGCGAUCUCGACCAAGUCAGAGAAAUAGCAGAGGUCGAACAGCCAGAAUCCGAGCCAAAGGCCGAUGCCAUCCGUGGUACCGCCGCUUUGAUCAGGAGAAUGUCAACCGCCCGACGGAAGUGGGAGCAAGAAGAAGCAAGGCGACUACAUGAAGACAAAAUGAAAGACCACCUGGAGCCGGUGCGCGAGAACGAAAUCGUAGAGUGGGAUGGCCUUCGGCGCCGAAAGACAGUUAUCGGCGAGCCCGGCGCGGCACCAGCUGUUCGAAGGAAGACUGUGCAUCCUCCAUUAGGGAUGUCUCAAUUCCCUGAACCGAACGACGAGGAUGAUCCUGAGCCAGGGCCUGGCUUCUUUGAACAUUUACGCAGUCGUGCUCAGACUGUCAUUCACAGUGCGACACCGCACCAAUCGAACCCGAUGCCUGAAGGUGGUCUGAACAGUCCCUUGCACCCCGUCGCUCUUACGGACAUCAAGUUUCCGCCUUCACAGAUAGACUCGCCUAUCGUCCCUUACGGCCCGGGUAGCCUCGAAGACGCUCAGGAACGGAUAUAUGGCCUCCCUCGUGGUGAACUUCGACACCAAGAUACCAGGGCUGGAGUCGUUCAGCCUUCACCUCGGUCCAAGCCGCUACCAGCGAAACCAACCCCGUCACCGGGCCUGAACCCUCCCCAGGAAGCAAGGCGACAGUUCUCUUUUACCAAUUUCCUUCGCCCGGGAUCUCGUACACCGAGCAACGACCAAGCAAACCCUCGUCCACCUCUCCGGCCACGAACCAGUAGCACCAGCCACGAGCAAAAGCGAGCCAUCAAAAAUGCUACCGAGGAGGAAAGACUGGGCCUGGUUAAGGGUGAUUCUCACGUUGCUUUGCUUCAACCCGAAAUGUCCCACUCUCCCGAACGUCCACACCAGCCCAUCUCUCAUUCCCACUCCCAGUCCACUUCCGUCAGUAGUGUGGAUGAUCACUAUCACUAUCAAUACCCUUCUCCUUCUCUACGUUCUCUGUCAGAUUCUGACGAGGAUGACGGAUGGCAGAUGACGAACUCUACGAGCGCACCGAUCGGCAAACCAAUGUCGAACCUACCAAAUCCCGUUCCGGCACUCAAGACUCCAAGCACUCGGCGGAGACCAAGUCCACCGAGGACCUAUCAGCCUCAAUCAGUCACGAAGAACACGCGAAGCAAUCCCAUGGAACACCCACUUCCGGGUAUGGUGGUGGGCGGCGGACCGGGACAGGGCAGAGUCGUGCCAGCAGCGUCAGACCGUUCCCAGAGUUCAUUGACGAGCCCUUACCAGACCGGGACACAGACUCAAGGUCCUGGUUACCAGCCGAGAGAUUUCGCGCAUCACCAAGGUCGAGCUUUAGAGGAGGAUCUGAGACGGCGCGAAAGCCCGGUUGAUACCACGGCGCCUGAGCGGACACGGGGUGACAGUCCUGACGACUACGAUUCCAGCCGGAAACGAUUUGAAGAACAAAGUAAACGGGAACGAGAGGAACGUAGGCUAAGAGCGACAGGAUUGCGUCAAAGCUGGAAGCCGCCCACCCCUUGAUCGAAACAGCUUUGUCUAAAGGCCUCUGGCCUACGAUUGUAAAUUAUACAUGUUGUUUAGCAUCCAUGAACCCAUCCAUGACCAAUAGAGAGAAAUGAUCAAAGAACUACUC